AAAAGAAAAAGAAAAAGAAAAAAUAUCUAUUUUCCACGGAACGAGGGCUCGAUCGAAAACUGGGACGAAAAUUCUUACGAAAACUGUUGCGUUUCCACCUCGUAUCCACCCGUUAUAAACAAAUGCUCGAGACUAUCGUACUAUGAGAUACGCGCACGUAGGUAUUUGGCAAACGGUGACACCACGUCGUGGACACCACCUCCGGUUCGUCUGCGAGCCCAGGUACCCCAGACCGCAGUUUCUACCACCUCAUCUCGUCCUCUCCGUGUCUCUGUCCAACCUCAUCCUUCCUCCCUCACCUUACUCGUAGUUAUCGUCAUCUACGUACACUCUUCUUCUUCUUCUUCUUCUUCUUCCUCCUCCUCCUCCUCCUCUUCCUCCUCCUCCUGCUCUCCGCCCUCCUCCACUUCUCGGGCCAGCUUCUCGCUCCCUCUUCUUCCGCUCCACGCACUCGGUCGUCUCCCAUUUUCCGUCUCUCGCUUCACUCGCUCUCUUCUCGCGUAAGUGAGGCACGAGGAGAGAAGGGGCAAAGACGCUUUUAGACACGGAGCGUCCACGAGCGUCGCGACGCCUUGAGAAGCAGUAGUCGCGUACCUUAGGCAGCUUCCACCUUGCCGGCUCGCGGCCGAACGUAACGUGAUUCUCCUCGACGUCUGUUCCGUCGUGUCGCGUUCACCCUCGAAUUUCGCGCGUCCUCGACCCCUUCGUGAAAGAGGGAAGCGGAGGAGUGGAUCGCGGUGGUGGCUCCCAGAAGAUAGGAUAUAUAAUAUUCGGCGAGAGUUGAAACUUUGGAAAUUAACUUUGUGCGUCAGAGAAUCAUCGGUGUUAUUCGAGAUAGAAUCGUUUGUCGCGGCGAUCCAUGAGGGAUCGAGAUUUGUGGAAGGUCGAUGGUGCACGGGAGGAUCGAUCUCGAGUCGAGUGCGUCGCUGGAUACGCGGCAUCCGUGACGAUAGUCGGAUGCGAGGGAGGAGGUGCAGGGAGAGAGAGAGAGAGAGAGAGAGGCAGUGGUUAGCCGAAUAUUCGGUGGGAUCUGCAAAGUCUAAAUUAAUCUGGAGCCCGUUUUGUUGUUGAAGUUUCGACGGCCCUGCUGCUGGUCGGCGUAAAAAGAGCGUAAAGUUUCGUACCGCGGAAUAAAAAUAAUCGUACACGAUACCGGGGAGAACCGAAGAGAUUCGAGACUCGUUUCUCCUCUGUUCCCGCAGAAUCACGCGUUACUUUUACUUCAGAUUCUGGGGACGACCUGUAAAAUUCCUCGCUCGAUGAACAAGUGGCCAUUCUGGCGUUCUUUCUUCCUCUCUUUCUCUUCCAUUCCUUUCUUAUACGUUAUAGAGGAGAAUACGCUUCUAUCCGUACUCUCCUCCGAGAGAAGGAGAAGGAGGGAGAAGAGAGAAAGAGAGAGAGAGAGACGAGCAUUUUCCUCAACGAGCAUUCCGUUCACGUAUCCUCGAUAUUGCUCCCUCAAGUGUAAACGGGCAGCUUGGCCAGCCUAAAUUCGCCCAAUUUCCGCUCGUUCGUUUCACGACACGAGUAUCGUCCUCCUCCUCCUCCUCCUCCUCCUCCUCCUCCCUGAGAAGAAACUGCGUCACUCAUCGAUCAGAGGAGAGAAGAAACUUCGCCUCGAUUUUUCGCCCGGCUCAGUUCCACCUCGGUCACCUCGGAUCGCGGAGAGUGUAGUUCCAUUCCAUUCCUCUCUCGACGAAGAGAGAGAGAGAGAGAGAGAAGAGGACUUCUUUCGGUGUGUCCUCUUCCUUUCCGUCCUCCCUGACCGGGGAGAGAGGGGGAGAGGAGCUUGCGAGGCGAGUGAAUGUCGCGAGUGCGGUUCGGUCGUGACGACGACGGUACACAGCGACGGAUGAUCGUUUGGAGCGAACGAUCGGCCGGUCGGUCGUUGCGGGAGUCGAUCGCGUUCGAAGGGUAAGGAUAAUUCGGCGAAAGUGGUUCGCGUGGCGAGGAAGGAGAAGGACGCGGGUAUGGCGGAGCGUCCUGGGGGUAGGAGGCGUUCGAGGAGGGACAGCGCGGAGACGGGGACCUCGUUGCGGGGCACGCCGCCUUCCUCCAAGGAUCGAAGGUCGAAACGGUCGAGCAAACCGUCGAAGGAGCGAUGGCUGCUCACGAGGAAGACGUGGCGGUACAUGGCCGACGCCGGGAGACGAUUGAUCCCGGACGGGACGCACAACAGGCCCGAGGACAUACCGAAGAUCGAGCGAUACUUUCAAGAGGUGUGCCAGAAGGAGCCGAGAUUUCUGUUGUGGAGGAAGGCUUCGUAUCCGGGCACGUUGGGCUUUCGUUCCCAGAGGCGGCGAAGGCAGGUGAAGGGGGGCAGUUGUCGAACGAAGGCAAGCUCGGCCGACGAGGCGGACGACGCGAGGAAUCCGCCCCAAGGCUUCGUCCUCCGCACCACCACCGCGGGCAAGUUCGAUCUGGCCAAAGCUAGGAGGGAGUGGUUGCUCGCUACGGAAGGGGGGGGAAGCAUACCGUCCAGCCCCGUGGAGCGGAGGAAAUUCCUGCAGGAGGAUUCGGAGGUGAAAGCGUUGGCCGAUAUGCUGCAGAAAUACCUGAACAUGCAGAGUGAGAUCGGUGGCGCGAUGAGAUCGAUCCCCCGAUCGGGGCUGGUCGGCGAGGGGGAGGGGAGAGAGGCGUUCGACUAUCAGAGCCUGGUAACGAGGCUGCAGCAACACUUGGACUUAAUGAUCGCCCAGGCAAAACUCGAGGAGCUGUCGGUGCAACGUGCCGCCACCGACAGGGACGGGGAGAGGAUCCCGAAAUCGAUGCAAUCGUAUCAAGGUGACUACGUGCACAAAUCGUUGAUGGAGACGAUCAGCCGCCACUACAGCAAGUCCGGCACGCGGGAGCACGUGAUCUCGGCCAUUCUCACCGAUCGAAAGCUGUUGGAGAAACUGUACUUCGAUCUGAGGUGUACUAGGGGGUUCAAGGGGCCACGCGCCACCGGCGCGUACACGUCGCCAUCCUCGCGCUGGUGGACGCACCAACGGCCGAGGGUGGCGUCCAAGGAUUCGGCGGAAGACUGGCUUUCGAGGAGGGAUCCUAUUUCCCCCCCGCUGAUAGCCGUCCAAGAGCCGAGCACCGAUCACGGCCCGGUCGAGGACGGGGUGCAAACCGAUCCCGUUCCCCGCCAAGUUCUCGACGCUCUCCUCCUCGAGAGGGAGAGGGAGGAGUUUAAGGAGGUGCCCGUGCACAAAUCGACCGGCCGCAGGCGAAGCAGCGUGGACAACGACGACGUCUCGCCCUCCGUCAGCGAUACCAUCAAGAGGUAUCUUCGAAUGGCAAGGAAAAAGUCGAUGGACGCCGACAAGGUGGACAGAUUCAAACGGGUGAACUAUGACAGAAACUUGAGGAACAUCAAGGCGAAAGGGGAGACGACGAGGCUCGGCGACGAUGACGGGAACAACAAGGGUUGCCAGACCGAGGACAACUGGGCCGUUAAUUACAGGGAGAUGUCCUCCGUGGAGAAUCCGUCGGAGAAUAUGUCGGACGGCGACACGGCCACGUCUCCGCCGAGCAGAAACGCGAGCUCGAGGAGCAGCAUCGACGCCGGGCUUGGCUCCGAGGAGCCGUUAACCCCUAAACACCAUCAUCAUCAGUCCUUCCUUUCCCAUCUCCUGCACGGUUCCAACGCGCACAAGGAUAAACCGCAUUCGGCACCCGGUUCGCCGGCACUCACGUCAUCGUCCACCAAUUCCGCAGGUGGCACAGCGAUGCAGAAGAGCAAGUCGUCGAGCAGCGUGGUGCAUCACGGUAGCCGACUGGUGGCAAAGAAGAUAUGGAGGUCCAGAAGCAAGAGCACCUCGAGGGCGUCCAAUCAACCCUCCGUGUGGACGCCGCAGGGAAAGUGUACCUGGGCGGGAACCACUGGACGACGUGUCACCCUGCAGGAUACACCGUUGAGGUCGUUGUCAGAAAUCGAGAGAAAAGUGUUGUGCAAGGUGGCUGUUGCAAAACUUCAGGCCCUUAAUUUGGGUGUUCACAUUAGGCCACCUAGCGAAUCAUUCGGUAGCAAUACCGUUGUCACGAAGCCCAAGAGAAGAGCACCUUUGCUCAAGAGGAAAGCUCUUACCACAGGCUUUUUCGACAAUAAGGGAAAAGACGAUAAGGAAAAGGAUUCGGCCGGUGGCCUGGUAUUUGGCAUACCGCUGUCACAGUGUUUGGAGAACGAUAGGAUCGCUAGAAUCGCCGCUGGUGAGGUCUCGGAUGUUGGCUGCUUGUCGAGGAGCAGCAGACACGGCAGCAGAACGAGUUUCACGAGCCUGAUCGAGCCGACCGUCGCUGCUAAGACCGACGAGGGUGGCUCGUCCGAGUCGCUGUCGUCCAAAGGUGGAGCUCUAACCGGAAGCGACUCUGGGGUGCUCGAGCUGAGCGACAGCGGUGGAGGAGGCCCUCCAGGGGAAUGGGACGCGGUUCCAGGAAUAGUCAGACAAUGCAUCAGGCACCUGGAAAACACCGGCCUCCGGACACUGGGCGUUUUCCGGGUGUCGCCUUCGAAGAAGAGGGUCAGACAGUUGAGAGAAGAUUUCGACUGUGGUCGCGAGACAAAAAUCGGGCCCGAUCAAUGUCCGCACGACGUGGCAGCCCUUCUAAAGGAGUAUUUUCGUGAUCUUCCCGACCCUCUGCUGUGCAGGGAUCUCUAUCAAGCUUUCGUCCACACGCAAAAGAUCCGGAACAGGAGACUUCAGCAAGAGGCACUUCAGCAUCUCGUCCAACUGCUGCCAACGCCGAACCGCGAGACUCUUUGGGCACUUUUGAACUUUCUCAACGUGGUGGCGGCGAACAGCGAAGAUCAAAAGAACGAGAGGGGUGAAUGGGUGGCGGGGAACAAGAUGGACACGACCAACUUGGCCACGGUAUUCGCCCCAAACAUCCUCCACUGCGUGAAGCCAGGGCAAAGGUCCGAGGUGUCCGCGGAGAGGGCAGAGGAAAGGAUAGACGUGAUAAACGUGGUCAGAGCCCUUUUGGAGCACGCCACCACGUUAUUCACAGUGCCAGCGGCCCUUCUGGACGAGGUCUACUUGCACAUGAUGGACACCCAUCCGGCCGAUUUGGAUCUCGCCCUUUCUCGACGCGUCGAAGAGCAAUGCGGUGACGAGGCGGAUCCAUGCAGCGAGGCUGAAAACUUCUCGGUCGAGGAGACGACGCUUACGACGUCGACAACGACCACGGCCGGGACCACCACCUCGACCAGAAAGGUAUGGAGCAGGGAGCAGUGCCUUCACCAAACGGCGGGCGUGGGCGGUGACAUAGGUCCAAGGCCGAGGCGGCCAAAGAGGCCCGGGAGCCGACGGAAGGAGGAGGGAAGGAGCAACAGCGUGGACAGCGGGUCGAGCGAGGAUCCAGCUGACCCACGAAGAAGAUCCUCGCCCAUGGUGAUCACCGCCAGCCUCACCAUACCCAUGUCCGGAGCGUUCACGUUGAACCUCGACGAUCCGGACAUCCCUUACAUCGAGGAGGCUCCGAAGCAGCCUAGCGCGCCUCCGAGAAGGCAGAGGCAACGAUCCAUUUCCGGUUGCAGCGAAGGUGGAAGACACGGAAGCGACAGCGCCGUGGGCUCCUCCGCCACGUUGUCGGGCGACCAGGCGCCGAGUUCCCCCCCCUCGUGGGCUUCGUCGCCACCGGCCAGCCCCGACAGCGCGGUGACAGCCGUCUCCUACAUCCCCGACCAACAGGCCGUUCUUCAAAGGGUGUCGUUCACGACGUCGAGCGAGGUGCGGCAGGUGGGCAGGUCGGGCCAGGUCGAGACGUCGAGGAGCACCGCGGCCCCGUACACGCCGAGCAUCACGAGCAUCGGCGGUGCGGUUUUGAGGUCCAAGACCGCCGAUAUCGAGAGGAUGUUGCAGAUUUCGAGACCGGAUACGGGGAUCGGCCUGUCGCAGCAGGCCAAGACUUCCUCGGAGAGCAAGAAAUACACGAAGAGGCGUUACACGGAUUCCAGACACCAAACACGUCACAUCCCCGAUUCCGACACGUUGGCGGGGAAAAGCACGGCCUCGGUUUCGUCCUCGUCCUCGGUCACCAUUUCCUCCGCGUCCUCGGCGGGGGCCGGGCAAAACCAGCGAGGCGGGGCGGCACAACCGGUCUGGAAACGGCGGGAACUCAUCUCCAGCGCGCCCAAGGACAGGGAGGGCUACUUCUGAGAGCAUCCCCGUCCCGUCCAUCGAGUCGAAUUUCCGUGGAUCGCCUCUUUUCCAAGAAGACCAAUUUCUUUUCGUAUCGAUCCUUCCUGGCAAUUCUCGUUCGAAAAGCGAACGAAUCGAUAUCCCCUACAUUGGCUAAUAGAAAAAUUUGAUAGGGAAUGUAUAUUGUAUAUCUACGCUUAGGUCCGUAAAAAUUGAACCAAGUAUCGAAAGUAUGAACUGUCGAUGUAGUAUAAAAGACGAAUAUAACAGGAUCGAGUGAAUCGAUGCGUUCAAACGCUCUUUCGAUAUACUUUGAAUACGUAUCUCUCGAUCGAAUCUCGAAAAUUUCGUACGUUGCUCGAACGAUACCGUAAGACCAUUUCAAAUUGUGCCUUCGAUUGUUAGGAUUCUUCUAAAAAAAAAAAACGUUAUAAAUAACUCGAUCCUCGAGCAACGUGCGAGAGAGAACAUUCACACUUAUACGAGAUCUCAGUAAUCAGAAACGACGACAAUCCACGAAUUGUUCCAAGGGAAAUAGAAUUCAAAGAGGUCCGGACCAAGGAUACGAUUCGAUAGAUGUAAAAAAGGAAAAAAAAAGAAAAAAAAAAGUGUAAAAAACAAUAUAGUCACUGCCGAUCAGGCGUGGCCUGGCAAAAGUGUUCCUCGACGCGUUCCUCGUUUCGAAAACCGAGCGAACCGUGUAUUCGACGUGUAUUCGUGGGGUGUCUAUUGGUUCCUAGACUACCGUCCUCGCGCUCUUAAAGAUCUCCGUGGCGAAACGCACGAAACCCUCCUCGAAAGUCUCUAUCUAUCUAUCUAUCUCGAUCUUUCUUUUAUCAUUUCAUCCAUCUCUCCCCUCGUUCGCUCGAAUCGAGGUCAACUCGAACGGGGGGAUCUUUCUUACGAUGCGGUUAAUUUAUACAAAAGAAGAAAAAAAAAAAAGAAAAGAAAAAAAGGAAAAAGCGAAACAAAAUCGAUCUUGUACGAAUCUACGAACAUUCUAAUGUAGUAGCGACACCGUUUAGUGGCGAUUUGUAAAUUAUUUUUAUUACUCUAGCUUCGAGGGAUUCCCUUCUCUAUCUUUCUCUCUCUCUCUCUCUCUCUCUCUCUCUCUCUUUUUUCCAACGUUUGUCGAUAAACUCGCGAAAAAAAGCAGGUACGAAACUGUGACAACGGAGCGACGACACAAUCCUCGACGAGCCAAAGUUACGAAAGAAGACUAGUCUCGAGUCCAUUGAACCUCGUGUCGGGCCAUUCUAUCUCUCUAGAUCAGUUGACCAUUCA